CCUGCAGUGGCCAUCGCCUCCGAGGCUGAGCACCGUCUGUUUGAGAGGCUGUUCGAAGAUUACAACGAGAUCAUCCGACCUGUAGCCAAUGUGUCUGACCCCGUCAUCAUCCAGUUUGAGGUGUCCAUGUCUCAGCUGGUGAAGGUGGACGAAGUAAACCAGAUCAUGGAGACCAACCUGUGGCUCAAACAAAUUUGGAAUGACUACAAACUGAAGUGGGACCCCUCUGAGUAUGAUGGGGCGGAGUUCAUGCGUGUCCCUGCACAGAAGAUCUGGAAGCCGGACAUUGUGCUGUAUAACAAUGCUGUUGGGGACUUCCAGGUGGACGACAAGACCAAAGCUUUACUCAAGUACACAGGGGAGGUGACUUGGAUGCCCCCCGCCAUCUUUAAGAGCUCGUGCAAAAUCGACGUGACCUACUUUCCAUUUGAUUACCAGAACUGCACCAUGAAGUUCGGCUCCUGGUCCUACGACAAGGCAAAAAUCGACCUGGUCUUGAUCGGCUCUUCCAUGAACCUCAAGGAGUACUGGGAGAGCGGCGAGUGGGCAGUCAUCAAAGCCCCGGGCUACAAGCACGACAUCAAGUACAACUGCUGUGAGGAGAUCUACCCCGACAUCACGUACUCGCUCUACAUCCGACGCCUGCCCCUCUUCUACACCAUCAACCUCAUCAUCCCCUGCCUGCUCAUCUCCUUCCUGACCGUGCUGGUCUUCUACCUGCCUUCCGACUGCGGCGAGAAGGUGACCCUCUGCAUCUCGGUCCUCCUCUCGCUGACCGUGUUUCUCCUGGUCAUCACCGAGACAAUCCCUUCCACCUCGCUGGUGAUUCCCCUCAUUGGCGAGUACCUCCUGUUCACCAUGAUUUUCGUGACCCUGUCCAUCGUCAUCACCGUCUUCGUGCUCAACGUGCACUACAGAACCCCGACCACGCACACCAUGCCCGCAUGGGUGAAGACCGUUUUUCUGCACGUGCUUCCCAGGGUCAUGUUCAUGACCAGGCCCGCGAGCAGUGAAGGCCACACCCAGAAGCCAAGGCCCUCCUACAGUGCUGAGCUCUCAAAUCUGAACUGCUUCAGCCGCACGGAGUCCAGAAGCUGCAAGGAAGGCUGUCCCUGCCAGGACGGGAUGUGUGGCCACUGCCACCACCGCAGAAUAAAAAUCUCAAACUUCAGUGCCAACCUCCCGAGAAGCUCCAGUUCUGAGUCUGUCAACGCUGUGCUGUCCCUAUCUGCUCUGUCACCGGAAAUCAAAGACGCCAUCCAGAGUGUCAAGUAUAUUGCCGAAAAUAUGAAAGCACAAAAUGAAGCCAAAGAGAUUCAAGAUGAUUGGAAGUAUGUCGCCAUGGUUAUUGAUCGAAUUUUUCUGUGGGUUUUCAUCCUGGUGUGCAUUCUAGGGACGGCAGGAUUGUUUCUGCAACCUUUGAUGGCAAGGGAUGACGCUUAAGCACCAAACUGUGUUUGCCAGAGGCUUCCUGGCAUGCAGAGGGGGACUCGUUUGUUUUUAUUGUGUAAAAUACACUUGGCCAUAAAAUGUACCAUCUUCACCGUGUUCAGGCCCACAGCUCGGUGGUGUUAAAUAGUCAUCGUUGUGCAGCCGCCACCACCAUCUCCAGGACUCUUCGUCUUGUAAGACCGCAUCUCCGCACCCACUGAACACUAACUCCCUGUCCCCUCUCCCCCUAAAACCCACAUUAUACUGUUUUGACUACUUUAAGUACCUCAUAUAAGCAGAAGUGCACACU